GGGUAAGAAACCACACCACAUAAAUCCAUGAUAUCAAAAACGAAUAAACACUACAAAAAUUAUAUGAAUAUUUUUUUUAUAUAUAAAAAAAUAGAUGGAGCGUGUAAGAGUCGUGUUGCAUUAUAUAUUCUCAUAUUCUCCCAUAAAAUUUAUUUAUAUUACACAAACAAACACAUCUUACACCUUUACAGCCAGCCCAUCUUACCAAACCCAAAAUUCUAUUUCCUACUCUUUUACACUUGGAACGUUCCGUACUAUUAUACUCUUACCUUCCUCACUCCUAACGAUCAUCGCCGCUCAAUCUUCGUCUUCUUCCCUUUCUCAGAAUCUCAGUGGGGAAAUUAAAGAAGAUUGAUUGGAGCGAAUAUUAUCACUCUGGCCAAGAUAUCAGUGAUCUCUCCUCAGUGGAGGGUGUGUUGUGUUCAAAUCUUUGAAGCAGUUUGUUUUUCUUCUGUUUGCAAAACAUUGGUUUGGCGAUUACCCAUUGAUUAUGGCUAAUAUUCAACAUAACUAAUCUUCUUCUUCCAAAACACAACACUUGAGAUGUAAAUCUUUCAUUCGAGUUGAGGAGCAUUGGUUUUGUUUUUGUUAUUUUUUUCGCAAUCUUUUCAACAUCUUCAGAAUUCAGAUACUCAGAAUUCAGAUACCCAGAAUACAGAUUACCCAGAAUACAGAUACUCAGAAUACAGAAACUAUGGCAGUGUUGUUCAAAUGCUUUUCCAAAUUCAUUGGAAGGAAGAAGAAGGUGAAGGAUGCAAUUGUUUCUGACAAUGGGGUUAGAACUCUGCAAGUGAAGGUGGAACACCCAAUGAAACCUUCUGAAAACGUUGUUGAUGAUCUGAAAUCAACUUCUUUUAGUGUCCCGGUGCCGUUUGAUAUUCCUGAGAUUUCAACAUGUGAGGUGAAACUGAUGAACUCUGAUUCCCCUGUUGAAGGGGAUCAAGAAGAGGUGGCAUAUGAAGGUGAAGACGAACAUGAUGAGACGUCACUAAUGAGCCGGGAUAACUCUGAUUCAAACCUUCAAGCUCGCGACAAUAUUGGUACUCCUAGGAAUCUGAGUUUUCAUCAGAUUGGAAGUAGUCCAUGUGCUGCUGAGGAAGAUGAUGUUGCUAAGAAUAAUGAGGAGAUUAUUGACACGGGCCGAAACGGGCAUGUCAGUGACCCGGGUAUGGCAAGGGAAGAAAAAUGGGCUUCACCUAGGCUUUCACGUUCUUGCUCGAAUAUCGAGUCAAGGGAAGUCCUCAAAACAACACAGUCAUUUAAGCAAUUACAAGAACUAUCAAACACAAAUGAAAAUGAAGCAAGGUCUCCUUGUUGCAGUCACUCAUCAGCACUUACCCACCGAAGUGCAGACAAAGUGAUGUUGAAGAAGCACUCUUACAGCCAAAUCCUUCCUUCGAGGAGCAAGAAACUAUGGUGGAAACUCUUCCUUUGGAGCCAUAGAAACUUACAGAAACCAGAAAUUGCUUCUAAAACAAGAGUAUCAUCCCUUCUUCUUGCUUCUGUUAACCAGCAAGGUGGGUACUCAUCUGAUACAAUGGAACCAACUCGAGUUAAACAGCUUAAGAAAGUGGAAUCAACAGGUUCAUUUUCUGAACAAUGCAGCAGUUACAACAAGAGUAGUCAUGAAGAAGACAAUAAUAACGGAUUAGAGGGUAGAUUUUCAGGGUUAUGGCCUCAGAAUCAGUGGGUUGCUUUCUCAGGGGAGUCAUCUUCUUUAAAGAGGGUAGAUGAUUGGGUGAAAGACCUUGAGUUUCAACCUGCAAUAUCUGCUCUUGAAGAAGGGAAUGUUGUUGAUGAUGAUGAUGAGCAAAUUGUGUUCCCAUCUUCUCCAAAGGUUGAUGAUUCAGUAGUGAAGAAUCCAACUCAUUUUCCCAGACAUAACAGCAAAAUCAAUUUAACAGAGGAACUACUGCAUGCUAACAGUGUGAUUCAGUCUCUGAAUUCUUCCUCAACUGUGGCUCAUGUAUCAGGAAUGGGGUUGAAAGUUAUCCCCAUUAUUUCACAUUUCUCGAGUCUUCGUUCAAUCAAUUUAUCCAAUAACUCAAUAGUUCAAAUCACUCAAGGAUCGCUCCCAAAGGGUCUUCAUGUCCUCGACUUAUCCAGGAACAAGAUCACUACUAUUGAAGGAUUAAGGGAGUUAACCAGAUUGAGGGUACUCGAUCUCAGCUACAAUCGGAUCUCACGCAUCGGACAUGGACUUCCAAGCUGCUCCCUACUUAAGGAAUUGUACUUAGCCGGCAACAAAAUAAGCGAAGUCGAGGGGCUACAUAGGCUGUUAAAGCUAACUGUUCUUGACCUUAGCUUCAACAAAAUAACCACAACCAAGGCUCUAGGUCAGCUUGUUGCCAACUACAAUUCAUUACUCGCACUCAACAUUCUGGGAAAUCCGAUACUCAGCAACCUAAGCAGUGACCAGCUUAGGAGAGCAGUUUGCGGACUUCUAUCUAAACUAGCAUACCUUAACAAGCAACCUGUUAAUCAGCAGAAAGCUCGAGAGGUUUCAAUGGAUAUUAUUGCUAAAUCUUCAUCAAGAAGCAAUAGUUGGAACGCUCGUAGGAAGUCUGUGAAGAAGACGGGUCAAGGUGGGUCGAUGUUGUCUGGCAGUGUAAGGAGCAACGCGAGUGUUCGGCAGAGAACCAGGAAUAAGGCGAAAAGGGAAGGGAAUCAGCAGUCAAGGUUGAAGAUAAGGACUACUACUACUACUACCAGUUGAAUGAAGAGGAAGAUACUGAUUUUGAUUCAAUUGUGUAUAAACAUAAGCUCAAGAAUGGUUCCUUGUUGGUUUUGUGUCAUUGUUUGUCUUCAAUUUCUUCAAAAUAAUGCAACUCCGCCAUUUUUCGGGGUGGUUUACAUGA